GUACGAUUGAAAGCGCAAAACCUGUAAAGUUUAGUUGGUGCGCUGUAGUAGUUGGUCGAAACUCGAAAGUGGCAUUUGAAAGUUCGUGUAAUUGUAAAGACAUCGCAGUCGACGAUUUAAACGUUAGUUCAAUUUAUUUUUGUAAAAUCGUAAAUUGAGUCAAAAGUUUUCUGCUGCCAUUUGUUGAAGUUUGGUAAUUUGGUUGCUGCUGAAAUUGUUUGAAAAAGAGCGCGGGGUGUCCUGAGUGCCGUGUGGGGAUUGGCAUGGAGCGACUGGCCGCUCCUGCACCACUGCACCACCACCAUCACCACCACACCACAACCUCCUCUGGUGGCUGGAACAAUACCGGCUCUGCAACCUUACCUCACCCACGUUCUCACCCUACCAUCCACCAGCACCAUUACCAAUACCAAGUACAGCCUCACCGUGGUGGCAGCGCUGGCGGCGGAGGUGGCAGUCGUGAUGUGCUCAACACAAGCCUAGACUCUUCCCUGGGACCGCCAGGCUGGCGUCCCGUGUCCACCCAUGAGUCCUUCAACGCCUCCGUCGGCGCUGUUCCUCAUCCACACCACGGGUCCUCGACCCACAACCUGCCUGCUGGCACCAACCCACUCAACCUGCCUGAUCCAUGUUGA